AUGGCCCGCAGUGAGGACUAUGAUGUGGCGGGGUACGGCUCCCCACCUCCGCCAGCCUCUUCCUUCCUCGCGGCCCACCUUAUCCCUCGUCUGGCCCAGAGCCACGAAACACACCUAAUCCCUCGGGAAACAUUUUCUCAGCUACGGCAGGAGCUUCUUGGAGAGAAACAAAGUCAAACACGCGUGGAUGAUGGCAUCACUGAUCUCAACAAACUGGUCUGUAUUGUGCUGAAGGCAGGCCUAGAUGUAAGACGUGAUGGCAACAGCGCUCCUGAGAAUGAUCUGGAGGGACAGAUUCAGGAUUGCUUGGAUAUCAUCCAAGCAAGCAUUGAAAAGGCCCCACAAGCCCUGUGGGAUAUUUCAGAUCCUCUGAUCUUGGGGGAAGAUUUUCAAGUGCCGCUGUUCGUGUGGGUGAUUCUACGUCUGAUCAAACUUGCCGUUAUUUGGCCCUCGGAUAAUGUCCAGGCGCGAAUCCAUCGCAUAUUUGGUACCCUUGUCUAUUUUCAAUCUAAGCAGACCCGCUCCUCACCUGCGCACGGUUCUAUUUCAGCAUUUGCCCAUGCGUGCAUAUCAGGUUUGCUUUCCUCCUUAAAUCGAUUGUAG